AUGAUUAAAUUUUAUAUCAAUUUAACAUUUAUCGCAUCUAUAAUAUAUUUUUCAUCGCUAUAUGUUUCUCAUUGUUACUUAUACCACAGAAGGUUGGUCAAUUGUCGGCACACAUGUUUACGGAAUUCUUCCGAAGUUCCCAAGAAGAUUGUUCCAGUGGACGAGGAGAUUUUGAAAAGGCUCACGGAGCGUCACAAAGAUGAGAUUUACAGAUAUUUGGACCCUCUCGGGUCUCAACCAGUGGAACAGGUUUCCGAGAAGGAGCUUGAAGAAACUUUUGGAAAGCCCCUAACACCGAAGAAUUUGGCUGAAAGGGAAAGGAAACUCAGGCGCGUUAAUCCUUAUAAUCUGCCGGAUGUUGGACCUACUGACAAGUUACCUUACUUUGUGAAUUUGGAAUUCGUCUCGGAAAGUCAUACAAACUUUGAAACUUAUGAUGAACAGGAUAUCGAUUCAAGUGUUGACCAUGGACCUGGCGUGUCUGAUACAAGUACAAAUAGCAUUCAGAACGUCUUAGAAAAUAAUAAAAAUGACGAAUCGGUUUCGACUGAAAGUAUAGAUGAUAUAAAUAGGAAGGAUGGACCUGAUACGAAAGUCAUUGACAGUGUGCCGAACACCAUCAUUUCUGGUAUUCCCGUGGAUUAUAAUUCUAAGGACCCUCUGAAACCGUUUUUUGACAGGAUGGAGGUCCAUCCUGACCCGGGAAUAGAGUACGGUCCCAAAUGGUACCUCCCUGACAAGAAGAGUCAGCUGACUCCUGUGGAGUACGAGGACGGCUGGUCCAUACUGCCAUGCGGAAAGGUUUACAAGCACAUCUUGCAACCAAGUAUGCUGGACGGCAAGGACAAGGAGCCGCCAGCUGAUUUCAGCUCAGUGACCUUCAAGUUUAAGGUAAUGGAGGCGAAGAGCAACUCCAAGAUCAUUGAGACUGAGGACGCUGGCGCCCCGAUGGUCACCACGUACAUGAAGGAGCUCAGCCCCGUUAUGCAAAAGUGCCUAAAGGCCAUGAACACCGGGGAGCAGGCCGAGUUCAUCUUUCACCUGUCGCAGCUGAACCCCGACAACGUGGUUUGCGAGCAGUUUGCCGGCGUAACCUGGGUGCGCAUGUGGAUCAACCUCUGGGAGUCGCACGACCCUAACUCGAGGUGGUGGGGACUUGGCCCGGACGACGCUCACCUGUACCCCUCGAAACGCGAAACGGGGACUUCCAGCCGUGAGGCGCUGGAGAAGAGGACCGACGAGAUCACGGAGCAGAUCGAGAGUGAGAUGUGCGCCAAUCCGGCUUCGCCGCUGUGGGAGGACGUUCUGGAGAAGAUGAGCAGCAGCGAGAAGGAGUCGUACGUCAAGCACUUCGACAAGCAGCUCGAGAGGACAGAGCGCAUGAAGUACUCCGAGUUCACGGGGUCGCGUGCUUUUGGGGAGAAGAUUAAAAGCACCGGGCAGGUUGGUGGCUACGACGUGGGCCACCAGGUGGGCGGCGUUUCCAAGUUUAUCACCUGGCGGGAGACUCCAUUCAUGAUGUACGUGGCCGUUUCCGUCGUUGAAGGCGUCAGGGCUGAACAUGUUAAGGUGGACCUGACCUCCAGGCACCUCCUGCUCUCCAUCGGCAACAACACUAUCAUCGAUGACGACUUGACUGGCUCUGUCGAUUUGGACACCACCUCCGUGUGGGCCAUGAGUGACGCCGUAAGUUUCCCUGUUUUCAUCCCACGCAGGCCCUCCAACAUGCUCCCCUCGGCCAUUCCGACCCUCGGCUUAAUCAGCCCACUAUCGACUUGGGCAAGAAGGACGACUAUGACAGGGUCACUAAGCGGCCCUCAGUUCUAA